AUGCCUUAUGGGGAGGGGUUCUGUACGAAAGUGGGUAAAAGUAAAUGUGAAAUAGUUCGAAACAGAGGAAAAAAAAUACAAAAAAUAGUUUUAGAAAGUUAUCAGAAAAACGUUUUCCAUAAAAUAUGCUCAAAAAACGAAACAUACCGUAACCCGAUAGUGUUGCUCAGGUGGUAA